AUGUAUCUCUCAAUCUUCCGGUCCCUGGUAGCCCUGACAAUGCUGUCAGGGAUGCCUGUCUGCAUGGGAUUGUCGCAGGGACACCUGAAGCGCGACCUGAAGCUUGCUGCAGAGGCCGGAAUUGAUCCAGAUAUGAUGUUGCGCAGUGGAGGGAAUAGUAUGCAUGCCAUGGUACAUGCCACUGAAGCAGCGAAUAUCACCCCACAAUAUGUUGAGUUGCCAAUUGAUCACAAUGACCAUUCCAUCGGAACAUACAAAAAUCGUUACUGGGUAUCCGACCAAUAUUAUCGUGGAGGACCGGUCUUCGUGUAUGAUGUCGGCGAGGCUUCGGCUGAAAGCCCAGCGAAUACACAAAUGGGCAAUGAGACGUCAUUUUUCGCCGAGAUGCUAAAGCAGUUUGGCGGAAUGGGGAUUGUCUGGGAACAUCGAUAUUAUGGCGAUUCUCUACCCUUCCCGAUUUCAACUGAAACUCCACCGGAGUAUUUUAAAUACCUCACUACAACGCAAGCCCUGGCCGAUAUCCCAUACUUUGCAAAGAACUUCACUCGCUCGGCGUAUCCCCACAUUGACCUCGCACCCUCCGGAACACCAUGGGUCAUGCUAGGAGGAUCUUAUUCCGGUAUGCGGGCAGCUUUCACCCGUAACUCAUACCCUGAGACAAUAUUCGCCUCGUUUGCCUCUUCCGCGCCCGUUGAGGCCCGGAUCGAUAUGAGCAUGUAUUUCGAUCAGGUCUACGACGGAAUGGUUGCCAAUGGAUAUAGCAACUGCACCAAGGACAUCAAAGCUGCCCUUCAGUACAUUGAUGGCGAGCUCGCGAAAAAUGCAUCGGCAGCUGCUGGCAUAAAAAAAGCGUUCUUUGGUCCAGGUGCGGAAGAAAACAGCAAUGGGGACUUCACCGCCGCUCUCGCCGGAGUUUAUGGAUAUUUUCAGGCCUAUGGUCUCGGUGGCGGGGAUGGCAGCCUGGGAAAUCUUUGCGAGCACAUGGAAACCGAUCCUGCAACUCUAACUGCUGCUGGUCCUCGUGGAUUUGCGCCCUAUCGAGGUCGCAAAUACGUUGCGGAGCGAUUCUCUUCGUGGCCGAUUUUCACGCGUCUGAUCAAUUACAACUACGACACAAACUGCGAACAACUUGACGAUACGCUACCUUUAUCAUGUGUGCUUAAUCCAAAGUCUGUCGACCCGGAUACAAUAAGCUGGACUUGGCAGUUUUGCACGGAAUGGGGGUACUAUCAGAGCAAUAACUUUGGUCCUCACUCCCUUCUGUCCCGGUAUCAAACUCUCGACUACAUGCAGUAUACCUGCAACCGACAAUUUCCCGAGGCGUUGAAAGCGGGCCUGAUGCCGAAGAGUCCUCAGGUAGAAGCCACCAACAAUUUAACUGGAGGGUGGAACAUACGCCCAUCCAAUGUCUACUGGAGCGGUGGCCAAUUCGACCCUUGGAGGACUCUUUCUCCCCUUGCCACUGAGAAGUCCGCCCCAGGUGUAGCACUUACAACAAAAGUCCCAAAGUGCAAUGUGAAAACGGACACUGAGACUCUAUUCGGAUACAUCAUGCCGAAUGCCGAGCAUUGCUUCGACUUCCAGAUGGACUUUGGCCCGGGCAAGGUAUCCCGAGAAUAUUUCUACCAGGCUUUGACCGAAUGGCUCCCCUGUUUCCAGGGGCAAAAUCACAGCCAGGUCCACCAUUAG